GGUGCGCUCGCCUCUCGCUUUGCUCCGCGGCGCCGCCGCCGCCUGCCCGGAGCCCAGCUCUCCGGCGGAGCAGGGAGCAUGGCGGCGGCUCGGCUGAGCGAGCUGGAGAUCGAGCACCGCUCCAUGGCCGAGGAGGACCCCAACGGCAACCAGCACCGGGCGGCGGCCCGCAGCCGCACCGUGCCCGGCUGGGGCCCGCAGCGCGCCGGGGCCCGCCAGCUGGCCCGGCUCUACUCGCCCGAUAAACGGUUGCAAGAAUGGAUUUCUGUUAUCCUUUGCAUCAUCUUGGUCACAGUUGACUUUCUGCUCCUGUUAAUCCAUUUUUCAGCAAAUCAUCUUUAUAAAAUAAUAGCAGGUAUAGUUGCUGGAAUUAUUACAGCUGAUUUUGCCUCAGGCAUGGUUCACUGGGGAGCUGAUACCUGGGGUUCCGUUGAUAUCCCUGUCAUUGGCAAGGCAUUUAUCAGGCCAUUUAGAGAGCAUCAUAUUGAUCAAACAGCAAUAACCAGACAUGACUUCAUUGAGACCAAUGGAGAUAACUGUUUGAUAACCAUAAUUCCACUGGCCUUCAUGUUCUAUAAAUUCCUCUCUCAAACACCAGAAUAUAUACAUCAGACAUAUGCUUGGGAGUGCUUUAUGUUUGCACUAGCUAUUUUUGUCACAGUGACUAAUCAGAUUCAUAAGUGGUCCCAUUCCUACUUUGGGCUGCCUCUAUGGGUCACAGUUUUGCAAGAUCUGCACAUCAUUUUACCGAGGAACCACCACAGAAUCCAUCACGUAGCUCCCCACGAAACCUAUUUUUGCAUCACUGCAGGCUGGCUAAAUUACCCCUUGGACAGAAUGAGAUUUUGGAGGAAAAUGGAAAAUAUCAUAGAAGCAUUAACAGGUCAGAAACCUCGAACUGAUGAUUUACAGUGGGCAUGGAAGAUGCAAUAAAGCACUCUUAAAGGAAAAAAAAAAAAA